AUAAUCAACAAUCGAAAAGAGUCGAUUCUUUUUGUCUCUACAAUUUAAUUGAUUCCUUAAAAGGGUCCAGAUCGACCUGUCGCAAAGAAACAUAGACAACGCCACAUUCUGUUGAGUUCAAGACAAACCCACCCUCACCUCAAGGCUCCAAAUCUCAUACCCGUUCGGGAGGAUUCGUGCUCUUGGCGAUACGGGAGGCGAUCAUCAUGGCAAUCGCGGCAAUCGGCCAGAUCUGCUCAACGGCGUCGAUCAAGGGUAAUCUGGAACAGUGUGCCAAGUUGGUGGCGAGUGCGGCGCGGGGUCAAGCAAAAGUACUCUUCCUCCCUGAGGCUUCAGACUAUAUCGCCCCAGAUGGACAGACAUCACUGCAACUUGCAGAGCCACAGUCGACGUCCCCCUUCGUAAAGGGUCUCCAGGAGGCAGCUCGUGAGCACAACGUCGCUAUCCAUGUGGGUAUUCACCAUCGUGACGAGGAACAAGACCAAUCAAAGAGGAUUCUCAACCGCGCGUUGUAUAUCACUGCCAACGGAGACAUCAACGAUGCAACAACAUAUGAUAAGCUCCAUGUGUUUGACUAUGGUGGUCUAAAGGAGAGUGCAACAGUGCAGCCUGGAACAAGCCUUACAGCACCGUUUGACUCCCCCAUAGGCCGUAUCGGAAGCCUCAUCUGCUUUGACUUGCGAUUCCCUGAGGCAGGAUUAGCACUCGCACAGCCAGGACCUCACAGCGCAUGGAAGAACAAGCCAGCGCAGAUCAUCACAUACCCAAGUGCAUUCACCCUUCGAACAGGUGCAGCACAUUGGGAGACUCUUCUCCGAGCCAGGGCCAUUGAGACACAGAGCUAUGUCAUUGCAGCAGCACAAGUUGGAAGACAUAACGAGAAGCGAGCUAGUUGGGGACAGAGUAUUGUUGCUGAUCCAUGGGGGAAUGUAGUCCUGAAGUUGAAGGGCGUGAAAGAGGGAGAGCCUCAGGGGACUGCUGAGGAUGGCGCGGAGGGUGGAAUUGGGUUUGUUGAUAUCGACCUUGCGCAUUUGGAGAAGGUUAGGAGGGAGAUGCCUCUUCAGAGGCGAAUGUGAGUUGAUUCGCCAUUUGUGGGUUCUACCUAUGCUAAUAGUUGCAGUGAUGUUUACCCUGAGCUGUAACCAAGACAGGUAGACUAUAUUAGAUUUAUAACAGCAUAGAGAACGUAAUCGAUACAGAGCCAUAACCAGAUAGUAGGUGAAAAUGCGAAGCCUCUCUGCGGUCAUUUGCCCAAGUGCCGGGCUGUUGGAAAGUGUUCUCUACAAAAUGAUAUGGAUACAGACCUACUACUAUCGUCUGAUGCUAAAGAGCCGCAAUCAAGAUACGACUUAG